AUGAAAGAUGAAAUUGCUGCCACAGUCUUCUUCAUCACAAGGCUAGUGAAAAGGGAAGAUAAGCUGAGCAAGCAUAAAAUGGAGAAAUUUGCAGCUAAGCUAACAACAAUACUGUUUGAGAAGUAUAAGAAUCACUGGUACUUGGACAAUCCAUCCAGAGGACAAGCCUUCAGGUGUAUAAGGAUAAACAAACAACAGACAAGAGAUCCACUGUUGGAGCAAGCUUGUGUGGAGAGUAAUGUGGACUUUAAUAAGCUUGGUUUGCCAAAAGAGAUGACACUAUGGGUUGAUCCAUUUGAGGUGUGUUGCAGAUACGGUGAGAAGAACCGGCCCUUCACAAUUGCGCACUUUGAAGGAGAAGAGAAUCCAGAGCUUCCUCAGCAGAUCAGCUAUGCUGUUGACAGAGCAGCACUAGACUAUUACUCUGGUAUUUCCUCAGAUGAAGAGAGCUUCUGCAAGGAGCCAAAAGCUAUCCCUACUGUCAGCAAUCCUAACAGUGUCUACCAGUUCAGUGACUACUGCAAGGCACCCAUACAGCCCUGGUCUCAGUAUCUUCAUAGGAAGACCUAUAUGACUGAUGUCUCAUACUAUGCCCAGCACAGGGGUCACAAAGUCUACAGGCCAACAGCCGCUUUCACAGGACCGCGUGUUGAUAGAUACCACUGGAUCAAUAGCAAGCGGUAG